AUGUGCAAAAGAAAGGAAUUCUAUGAGAGAGCUGUUUUAGAUUGUGCUCAAUCUGUUGAGGCAGUAGAAAAAGCAAGAUUGGAUUAUAGAGGUUCUUUACUAUGGAUGAAGAAAUGUAGCGAUGCUUUAGAUCCGGAAUUGAGAGAUUCUAAUGGACUGGAGGAUUUCCGAACUGUUCAAAAUGUUGUAAAAACAAAUAAGCAAAAAUUGGAUGUUCUAAAAGAGGAUAUUACAGUUAAAGUUGAUACGUUAAAGAAGGCUAGAAUAAAAUUAUUUGAUGAAAUUUUGAAAGAUUAUAAGUCUGUCCUUUUUAAAUUUUAUGAAAAAACGGCUGAUGAAUUUACUGCUUGUACCGAAGAAAUGGCUGGAUUAGAAUCUUAUGAAAUUGACGUUCUUAAAAUUUUAAAUGAUCCAAUAAAAGUAGCAGAAGAAAAACAAAAAGAAAGAAAAGAAGAAAUUGAAGGAAAAAAUUCUAAUUGGAAAUUUUCGUCUAGUGAAAGAAUACCUAAAAAUCAGUUAAAUUGUAGAAGAAGAAUGGAGUCAGAAAAUAAUGAAAGUUUAAUUGAAUUAGACGAUGUCGGAGAAGAAACUGAAGUUUGUGAACCUGCAAUGGAUAGAAUUCGUGAUUUAUUUCGUUUUGAUGACGAAAAAGAUGAAGAAGAAAAUGACGGUUUUGACAAUAUUGAAUUAAAUUUGGUUGAACCUCCAAAAUUAAAUUUAUUAAAACAUUCAAAUGAAAUUGGUUUAUUAUCAUUUAAUGAUGAAGAAGAAGAAAAUUUGGAAUUUGAGGAACCAAAAAGUGGAUCUUCUAAACAAAAGUAA